AAAUAUACCCGUCCCGCCCACCGGCACCCGACUGGUGCCAUGAGGCAUAAUUUUUCCUUGGAGAUGUUCCAAGACUUGCGCAUGAAGACUAGAAAGAACAAAACCCGCUCGACAAAUCGUUCCUAAGGUCAAUGGUGAGCCUGAAGUGAGCCAGUCAUCAAUCGGCACUGCAAGAAGAGGAAGAGAUCGUUUUCAGUCGCUCUAAUCAGUUGAUCUCAAAUUAACUCGCCCAUUUUUCCAAUCGACUCUUUAAUUCCGUUUUCGAUUUUAAAUAGUUAAAAUCCAGAAACAUGAGUAAGAAGAGGGUCUGCAUCGUUGGAAGUGGAAACUGGGGCUCGGCAAUUGCCAAAAUUGUGGGAGCCAACACUGCCAAACACAGUGACAAAUUCGAGGAAAAAGUCACUAUGUACGUGUAUGAGGAGAUGAUCAAUGGGAAGAAGCUCACGGAGAUUAUUAAUGAACAGCAUGAGAAUGUUAAAUAUCUGCCGGGGCACAAGCUACCAGCAAAUAUCGUUGCGGUUCCCGAUGUCGUGGAGGCUGCCAAGGAGGCUGACAUCCUCAUUUUUGUAAUUCCUCAUCAGUUCAUCAGGGGUCUUGCCGCUGCUAUGCUGGGGAAGAUCAAACCUGAUGCUGUUGGGCUUUCGCUGAUUAAAGGUUUCGACAACUCCGAUCCAAAAAAUAUUCAACUGAUCUCAAAGGUCGUCACAGAACACCUGAAAAUUCCCUGCUAUGUCCUGAUGGGUGCAAAUCUCGCGAAUGAAGUUGCGGAGGAAAAAUUCUGUGAAACGACAAUCGGCUGCAAAGAUAAGCGCCUGGCACCUGUUCUCAGAGACAUGAUUCAGACACCCAAUUUCAGGGUUGUGGUAGUGGACGAUCUCGAGGCUGUGGAGGUCUGUGGAGCGCUGAAGAAUAUUGUGGCGUGUGCUGCUGGCUUUGUGGACGGUCUCUCCCUCGGUGACAACACGAAAGCAGCUGUCAUCAGGCUGGGACUAAUGGAAAUGAUUAAAUUUGUUGACACAUUCUACGGAGGAUCGAAAUUAUCAACAUUCUUCGAGAGCUGUGGAGUUGCUGAUCUCAUUACCACUUGCUACGGUGGAAGGAAUCGCAGGGUGUGCGAGCAGUUCGUUAAAACAGGAAAGACAAUUAAAGAACUCGAAGAUGAACUUUUGGGUGGGCAGAAGCUCCAGGGGCCAGCGACCGCCGAGGAAGUGAAUGGAAUGUUGAAAUCCAAGAAUUUAACGGACAAAUUUCCCCUAUUCACAGCUGUUCACCGCAUCUGCAGCAAGGAGCUCAAAGGAUCAGACCUGAUCGAUCAAAUUCGCAAUCAUCCGGAGCACCAAGCUAACUUGGCAGCAGCUUGAGAAUCCAAAUAAUCGAAUGAAUUAAAUCCCAUUGCUCAGAAUUUUAAUAAACUCACUAGGUCGAGAGAUAAUUGUAUAAGCGAGGUCAAACCAGGGCGAGAAAAUGAACGAAAGUAUUGUAAAUAAUGAUAAAUAAAUAAGUAUUAUUGUUACUGAA